AUGAAUCUCCAAAUCUUUCUCAUAGUCUCUCUACUCUCAUCAUUCUGUUUAUCAACCACACUUUCUCGUCCUCUCGACGAUGAACUCAUCAUGCAAAAUAGGCACGACGAGUGGAUGGCUAAACACGGUCGUAUUUACGCAGAUGUGAAAGAGAAAAACUAUCGCUACGUCGUGUUUAAACGCAACGUGGAACGUAUUGAACGCUUAAACAGCGUUCCCACCGGAAGAACGUUUAAACUAGCGGUGAAUCAGUUUGCUGAUCUAACCAACGAAGAAUUCCGCUCUAUGUACACUGGUUACAAAGGAGACUCGUUGUUGUCUAGCCAGAGUGAAAAGAAAACUACGUCGUUUAGGUACCAAAACGUUUCCUCCGGUGCUUUGCCUAAAUCUGUUGAUUGGAGGAAGAAAGGAGCUGUUACUCCUAUCAAGAGUCAACACUUCUGCGGCAAAGACGGUACUUGCAAUAUCAAGAAAGCUGAACAGGCAGUAACUUCUAUCAAAGGUUAUGAGGAUGUUCCGGUUAACAACGAGAAAGCACUGAUGAAGGCAGUGGCACACCAACCGGUUAGCAUUGCAAUUGAAGGAGGCGGUUUUGAUUUCAGAUUCUAUUCGUCCGGUGUGUUCACCGGAAAGUGCACAACGGAUCUUGAUCACGGGGUGACUGUGGUUGGAUACGGCCAAUCUAACAACGGAUCACAGUAUUGGAUCAUCAAGAAUUCUUGGGGACUAAAUUGGGGAGAAUAUGGUUACAUGAGGAUUAAAAAAGAUGUCAAGGAUAAAAAAGGACUAUGUGGUCUUGCCAUGAAAUCUUCUUACCCAAUUGUAUGA